AUGGAGACGUAUAACGGACACGUCCGCACACCCGCGGAUGCUAUCAUCCUAUUCGAAGCCUGUCGCAUUGGGCUUUUACCCCGAGUCCAGAGAAGAUUAUCGGAGAAAGAAAGGCAGUCUGUCAAAUCUGGCUCCGUUUUUGUGUGGGAUGAGCGAGAAGCAGGAAUGAGAAGAUGGACAGAUGGUAAAUCAUGGAGCGCGAGCAGAGUAUCAGGGAGCUUCUUGACCUAUAGAGAAAUGGAAGGAAAAAGGGGUGGCAGCCAUGGUGCGCAAGCGUCGAGGGCAGGGAAAACUCCUGACAGUAAUAGAGGGAGCGAUGAAGAUCCCGGAGAGGGUGGAGAGGAAGGUCCAGAUGGGUAUCGUUACAAGCCGGAUGGAUUAAUGAAGCAAUCUUUCAGUAUAACGACAUCUACGGGACAACACCUCCAUCUUAUCAGCUAUUAUGCCCGAUCUCAUCCAACCGCUCCUGGCUUGAACCAGCCGUCCACUGAUCCAGCUCUGCGACAUAUCCGCCCACAAAAAGGGUUAUAUCCUGAGUCCAGUGUCAAUGAUCAACAAAACCUGCCCGUCGUGACCCGUGGCCCUAUGCCCGCACCUGGGUUUUCAUAUCUCCCCCACUCACUUCCUAUGCACGUUCCGGUCCUACACACCCUCAACAUUUGUGCCCGCCCGUACAGCUGGCCUCCACCUCCUAUCACAAAUGCACGACAUGCUGCGUCUGCCAUAUGCUGCUAUUGGCCUCCUCUCAGGACCCCCAAUGGGCAUGCAUCCUUCCAUACGACCAGCACCCACACCACCCCCAACUGCCCGCCCGCGAAUGGAACUCAACCUAAUCAUGCGCCCAGUCCCCCUCCAUUGAAGAACAUCCCACUUCAUGGCAAUGACAGCCAAGAGAACACUAAUAGCGCCGCCAUAUUAUCUUCGUCUGCUACAAAGGUUCCAAGCAUCAACGCGCUUAUGAACGGUCCGCUUCCCCCAUCGACACUUGCUCCGUCGGGGGCCUUGUCCAAUAUUCUCGACGGAUCACGACCCCAGGCUAAAGAAAAUGGAAGAGACAACAGAAGUCCAAAACCGCACAGGGGCCCGGGCGAUGGACCGAAAGAUAUCCCCAGUGAAAAAAUCGGAUUUGGGGAAGAUAUGAGAGCAUUGCGACAACUUGAUAAAGUUUUUACAGCCUGA